GGGCCAUGGCUGCACCCCAGCCAGCCAUCUUUGGCACCCCGGCACUCGAUCAAGCCGUCGCAGGCGUCACGGCCGGCAUCGUCUCGACCUUCGCCCUCCAACCCCUCGACCUCCUCAAGGUCCAGCUCCAGGUCUCGACCGCCGCAAAGACCCGCUCGCCAUGGUCCAACAUCCACUGGGGACUCCGCGAGAUCGUCCGCACGGGAGGCGCCAGGGCCCUGUACCGCGGCUUGACCCCGAACCUCGUCGGCAACGCCUCGAGCUGGGGUUCCUACUUCCUCUGGUACACGAUGCUCAAGGCCCGCAUGGACGGCGGCAAGGACCACAAGCUGAGCGCCGGCCAGCACCUCCUCGCGUCGGCCUCGUCCGGCAUCAUCACGGCCGUCCUCACCAACCCGAUCUGGGUCGUCAAGACGCGCAUGUUCACGACCGCGGCCGGCCAGGACAAGGCCUACCGCGGCGUCACUCACGGCCUCGCGACGCUCGCGCGGGAAGAGGGCCUGCGCGGCAUGUCCAAGGGCUUGACGCUCGCCAUCGUCGGCGUCUCGAACGGCGCCAUCCAGUUCAUGGCCUACGAGGAGAUGAAGAAGCGCCGCGUCGAGGUCCGGCGAAAGCGGCUCGGCGACGGCGCGAGCGACGAGGAGGUCAAGACGCUUAGCAACCUCGAGUACAUCCUCAUGUCGGGCUCGGCCAAGCUCGUCGCGAUCGCCAUCACGUACCCGUACCAGGUCGUUCGCUCGCGGAUACAGUACCAACCCGGCGUGUCGACGUUGCCGACGAUCGCGCACGCGGCGUCUCCACCACGACCUCGACCAGCCGCCGCACCUCCUCCCCUCUCAUCCGCCUCGUCCCGCACCGCGCCUCUCCCUCCUCCUCCACCUCAUCCCCCUUCCUCCUCUCCCACGACCAUCGCCCCCUACCGCUCGAUCCCAGACGUCCUGCGCCGCACGUACGCCGCCGAAGGGCUCGGCGGCUUCUACAAAGGGAUCGCGACCAACGCCGUCCGGAUCCUGCCCGGGACGUGCGUCACGUUUGUCGUGUACGAGCAGACGAGCAGGUUCUUGAGCAGGUGGGCCGGCAGGAGGGACGCGGCGAAGAGGAGGAGGGACGGCGGCGAGGUGGGAUGAGCGAGCGCGAGGGGUCCGUGCAGUAGACGGGGAGGAGAGCGGGACUAUAGAGCGCUCUCUUCUCUUUCUCUCU